AUGGCACCAGUAUCCUACGGUUCAGAAACGGUUGACGAUCCAAUGGUCAUCCGGAUUGCUUCUGUCGUCGGAGACAGGUACAGACGUACAAUGCUGGAACACAUCUCACAGGUCGUGGCCCGCCAUGUAGGCUUUACAUUUUGCUUCUUGCGGAGCCAUGACCAUGGCACCACCCAAGUCCCUGUGGGAGACGGGACCUGCACGCACCACAUAGAUGACCCCCACAUCACGUUCUACAUGGGCUUCAUGCCAGACAGGAAUGAGUUCACUCAUGAGGGCCAUGUAUUGGUGGAAUACAUCACCAUCAAUGGUGUCAAGAUGCUGAAGGGCAUCCCCGUCCAAGGGAAGUCCAUGCUACUCUGGGACAGGGAGACCCGCGAGUUGGCAAUUCUUUGA